AUGACGGGCAUGGGCUCCGACAUCAACCAUCGCUUCGCCCGCGCCUACUGGUACAUCACAGCUACCGUUGUGGCAUCACUCAUGGCCAUCCGCGGCAUCAACCACAUUGGCGCCAUCAAGAGACUCAAAGCCGCUCGCGAUCCCUCGUCAAACCCGCAUCCAACCCGCCCCAACGGCCUCCUCUCCCAAGCAUGGGCCACCAUCACCGCCAUCAUCCGCGAAAUCUCCCUCCCGCAGUACUUCGUGCACAUCCGCCACUUCACCUGGCUCACUCCCCCGCCUCUGGGCCGCGUCCUUAUCCUGCUCUGCUACUGGUCCGUCAUUGCCUACUUCAUGUCCUGGCAUGCCGUCGUCCACGACGUCAACUUCUGGGAGCGCAUCGGCUAUCGCAACGCAUGGGUCACGCUCACGCAGCUGCCCAUGAUCUUCCUGCUGUCGAUGAAGGUCAACGUCAUUGGCUUCUUGGUUGGGACGGGCCAUGAGAGGCUCAACUGGCUGCAUCGAUGGGUUGCGCGCACAAUGUUUGUCACGGCGACGGUGCAUGGUUUCCACUUUUGGACCGAGUGGGUGCUCGCAGACUUUGUCGAUCUGGAAUUGGAGACCAUGCCCAUGGUCAAAUACGGCCUGGGCGCCUGGGCCAUCUUGCUGUGGAAUGUGGUGAUUGGUUUCGUGCCCAUCCGCAGACUGGCGUACGAGGUCUGGGUCCUGCAGCACGUGGCCGCGUCCGUUGCGAUGCUGGUGCUUGUAUAUCUUCACAUUCCCACAAACGCUCGCUUCCUGUUCUGGCUGGCCGUCUCGUUCCUCGUCUUCGAUCGCGCCGCUCGCUGGGCUCUCCUCCUGUGGCAGAAUCUGAGAUUCAAGGCCGGCGGAUCAGCCUGCCAGGGCAGAAGACGAGUUGGUCACCAAAUCUUGGCUCGAGCAGUGGCCGAUACCACCACCGUUGUUACCAUCAAGGACGUACACUUCAACUGGACCCCCGGCCAGCAUGUCUAUCUGUGGAUUCCACGACUGGGCCCCCUGGAAGCACAUCCUUACACCAUUGCUUGUGCCCGCAAGAUUGAAGGGACUUGCUGCUGCAACAGCGUGCAGCUCAUCCUGCGCAAGCACAAGGGCUUCUCAAAGCGCAUCCACACCUAUGCUUCCAAGAACCCGGAGGCCUCGCUCACGGGAUUCCUCUCCGGCCCAUACGGCACACCUCCUCGAUGGGAUAUUUACGAAACCAUGGUCCUCAUCGGAGCUUCCACCGGAGCGAGUUUCACACUGCCUCUGCUAGAAGCCGCGGCCCAAGCCGACUUUGUUGGCUGCGUGAAGAGAAUUGAAGUGCUCUUUGUGGCAAGGUCAUACAGGGAAAUUGAAUACUAUGUGCAGCGGGCUCAAAAAGAAGGCAAUGCUCUCUCCACAAAGGGCGUCAUUGUCAACAUCCACGUCGCCAUCACCAGCUCCGGCCUCGGCAGCGAUGGCCUCCCCCUCUCACGUAACGAGACCAACAUUUCACACAUCACAGCCAGCAGCAGCGGCGACGAUGGCAUCAACCUCAAAGGAGAAACAGCCGUCAAAUCACCCCACGAAGACUCAUCCUGCUGCUGCACUGGCAACAAAUCCAGCAGCGAUGAGAAGAAGGAGAUACAGGAGCAGCAGGAGAAAUCCACUUCCAGCCUCCCCAUCGUCCGCGAAUACACUACCCGCCCUGACAUUGAGCAGCUGAUCCGCCAGCCUGUCGAGGUUGCCUUUGGCGAGACCGCAGUGGUGGUCUGUGGAGGACCAGAGAUUGUCGCCACGACGCGCAACUGCGUGAGCAGACUGAGCGAUGAGCGGGCGGUGCACAAGGGAACUGGGGCGCAGGGCAUUUAUCUCCACGUAGAGGAGUAUUCAUUCUGA